CACGCAUUUCAAUCUGAGAACAUGUUGGUUAAACGGCGUAGCAUGAGAGAGAAACCAACGAUACAUUUUGGCUGCUGAAUUGAAGUUUGAUGUCGUGCAAUUCAGGAAGGAAAUAAGCGAUCUGAAGUCUACCUCCAAAAACAAACGUUUCCGAAGCUCGAUGUGCCAGAUGAUCGGUUGGCAAUAUGGCCAAUAACACUUCAGGCAUGAGCAACGGAAACACCGGCAUUCUGAACGGUAUCACGGAGGUGAAAAGUAAGCUCGAUGCUGAGUUUCGUCGCUUCUCCGUCUCGCACACGGCCCAAGCCACCUUUGAAGACUUCUACACAUUCCUAGAGAAGAUCCACCAACUGAGCAAGAUCCCCUUCCUGAUUGGCUACACAGAUCCCCAGGGGGAGCUACUACCAAUCAACAAUGACGACAACUACCACAAAGCACUCACUAUGGCCAAGCCAUUACUGCGCUUGGUCGUGCAGAGGAAAGAUGAAACUUCCGAGACGCAACCCUUCAACAUGUAUGGCAGCUCCAAGAAGAAGAGCAAGUUCAGUCUGGUGGGCGGCAGCACCCCAAAACCCAUGAAACUAGUACUACCCAUCAGCCUGCCCCAUGACUUCCGCCGCGUCUCCGCCAUUAUCGACGUAGACAUAGUCCCCGAGACCCACCGCCGAGUCAAACUCCACAAGCACGGCUCAGAGAAACCCCUCGGUUUCUACAUCCGGGACGGGACUAGCGUUCGGGUCACUCCCCAUGGUUUGGAGAAAGUGCCGGGGAUCUUCGUCUCGCGGCUCGUGCCCGGCGGCCUGGCGGAAAGCACAGGACUCUUGGCGGUCAACGACGAGGUCCUAGAAGUCAACGGCAUUGAGGUCAGCGGUAAGACUCUGGAUCAGGUGACGGACAUGAUGGUGGCCAACAGCUCCAACUUGAUCAUCACUGUCAAGCCGGCCAAUCAGAGGAACACGCUAUCAGGAGGCAGGAAUCGUGUCUAUGUGCCUGCCUCCUCAUCACUAUCCAGGAAAUCCAUCGCUUCGCUGAAUGACAUUGACGACGACAGUGAUGAAGAUGAAGUCAAGGACUUGACAAAGCAAACCAAUAAUUUGAACACAGACGAGCGACAAGAAGAACAACAGCAACAGAGGGGAGAGCCACCUUCAUUGCGUGAAGGAUCUCCGGGGAGUGACCACCAAGCCUCACAUGGAGGAGCUACAGCACCGGACUCAGACCAACACUCGGAAGAUCAUGUGCAAGAAAAUGGUGCUAUGUCUCCGUCGGAAGCAAUGGUUAAUGAUGACGAUGAUGGCGACAUAUGUACUCUUUGAAGAGCAUUGUGAAACAUGAGGAUAACCACAAGAGUUGAUGCAGUGGUGCCCUCUCAAGGACCAGUAUACUGAUGUGGUCUUAUAACUCCAGUCAGUCCUGUGAUUCACUAGGUAUGUGUACCUGGCCUUCAAUUGCACAGAUGCCAGUUGAGGUUGUGACCUCCGUUGACCUGGGACCAAUAUGGUGGUGGCUCUGCUUGUGACAGAGGCAGGACUUUGUUAUUGUUCAUCACCUGUUACUUGUGAGCAGACUUGUGAUGACUCGACAACAACACAGGCAUGCUUUUCUGUUAUCCUAGCUGCCUACAGUCUUCAUGAAGUGGACAGAUGCUCGGUUAGCGAACGACUUUUUUCUAAGGCACACCGUAAAAUUCGGCCCAGGUAGACAUGAACAAACAUUGUACGUGUGGAUCUUUCGAUGUCAAGUACUCACCGCCAUGUAAAUCCUCAUGUGCUACUGGUGUAAGGGUUGUGUUGCUGGGAAAAUUAAUGUAAGGAGAUUGGAAUUGGAUCUUUCACUAUCGUUGUGGACCACAAAUCACCACAUGUAUGUACAUGUAUCGGCACAUGUUUUCAUCUAAUUAUGAUAAUCAGCUCGGCCCAAAACCUUUAAAGUCACAUCUUGCGGGAGGAUGCAUCCUGUACAGUGUUUAUGCCAUGAGUGCCUUCAGUCAUUAUCACUGUUUGCAUAUUCUACAAUUGUACAAGUCUUAUUGAGUAAAUUAAGUGUACAUAUUGGUAUAUAUGGGGGUAGGGCAGCUUUUAAGAAAGUCAUUUUUUUUAUUGCAAAACAUUGAAAGGUUUUUGCAUAUUUUCUUCUUGUUUUCAAAGAAAAAGGUACAUGUAACAGAGAUUAUGGUAUAAAUUGGUCCCUGAAAGUGAGCACCAUAAACACAAACUGAAAAAAUAACAUGGCUGUCUGUUGCCAUGGUGGGCUAUAGGAAUCACUGUGUACACUACGUGUAUCGCAUCAUAACGCCUUGAAUUCUAAUUUGAUUUAAUCAAUGACUCACAUGUACGCCAAAUUGACCUAUCACAGUAGAAUCGCGUCCAUGCAGCUUAUGAAAUAUUGUCCGAUUACGUGAAAUACAAAUGGACGUGGAAUGCGCAAAAUCUGAGACAAACAAAACUCAAUGUCCCAAAGUUGCAUAGGGUUGUCAAAGGGGCGUGGCUAACUCGCAAACUUACCAAAUUUUACAGUAAAUACUCAUUCCUUUCUUUAAAUACAUGUAAUGGUUGUUUGUAUUAGUGGGUACUAGUUCUGCCUGUGGCACAAUUCACGUGUGCCCAAUUCAUGUAAAUAUUUGCACAAAAUCAUCUAAAAAAUUGUAUUUUUGAUAACUUGUACCAUAUUGUGUACAUGUAGAUGAAUGGGGCGACUUUAUUUUACAGGUCUGUGGUGGUUACGUUUGACACUUUCUGCUUGAUACUGUAAAAAAGUAAUUAGGGAUAGAAGUACAACUGCCAUUGUCAAGUUUCUGACCCGAUCUCCUGUGCCGCUAUUUGAAAUUAUUGAAAAUUCACCUGUAAAUUGUACAAAUAGUGUUGGCCUCAUAAAAAGUAGUUGACUUUUUGAAAGAAUGUCGUAAACAAAAUUUUCGUAAUUUGGGCAUUGAACCGCAAUUGAAAUGUGUGUGUACACAGCGACACAAAAAUGUAUAACUUUGUAUUUGUAAACUGUGUAAAAAAAAAACUAAUCCUCUGUCCAUUUGUAUAGUGUGAACAAAUUCAAACCCACCAACCGUUUUGUAUUGUACAUGUACAUGUACUUGUAUUCAUCAAUCAGCUGAAAUUUUAUAAGUCAUGAAUGACACCAAUAUCAAUCUGCACCUGUUCAGCUGUGUACUAAAUGUUUAAUGUUGAAGCAGUGACCCUGAAAGCAUUAUGCGGCCUUAAAAAUAAAAAAGUGGGUUAAAGUUUCAUUGAGGCAAAGUGUUAACAAUUUUUCUACAUGAUUGUUUUCUCUGUGCCAACACAUUACAUGAGCAUGCAACGUUUUGAAUUCUUGUUGAAAUUGGCAUGGGAAGCAAAUAACAUUCAUAACAUACAUGUACAUGUUAUAACCAACACAUACAUAUGAGCAUGCAACGUUUUGAAUCCUUGUUGAAAUUGGCAUGGGAAGCAAAUAACAUACAU